ACGGUACAGUAGGAGGACAGCAUUCUGUUUGUGUAGAAACCACAAAUACGUUGUUGUUAACAAAAAAGAAAGUUUUUAAAAAAACGUUGGUUUAAUAAGCCAUUGGCAAGACGACAGAGUCAAAUGAAUACAUGAAAAAGUGCUGAAACUCGCUACGCUAUACAACAUCAUGUACACAAGAAAGUUAAUUGAACUCAAACCUCGACAGCAAUGAAGAGAACGUGUAUAUGUGAGAUAUGCAGCUGCGGGCGUCACCGCUGUCCACACCUUCCUACAGUGCUCUACAACUGUGACAAACCCUGUUUGGUCACAGAGUACAAAGAUAACUACUACCCACACAGCAACACUGGAGCAGCACAGUCAUGCAGACCCAAAAAUCGUUAUCAGAGGAACCCAGAAAAAAUGGAAAACACCACCACAUUCAGGGCGGAUUAUGUACUGCAUGCGGUGCACAGACCAAAGACGCACAUUGCAAAAUACGUCAAGCCAGAAGGAGUCAUUGAUAUGGGCACCACAUACUUACAGGAUUUUAAGCCAUACCCAGUUCAUCCUAUUCCUGCAGCCAAAUCUGCUGGGUACAGACAGCCCCCAGCUAGGAUGGACUUGAAACCUACAUAUAAAGAUGAUUACAGAGUAUGGGGGAUUCAAAAAAGACAAAACUUCAAAACACAAGACAACUUAAAGCCGUGCACAGACAGGUUUAGCAACACAACCACUUUUCAGGAUGACUACCAUUUCCCAGGCCCAAUUUCAAAAGAGAAUUUUAAACCGGCACAUGUACCCAUGGGCCCAAGACCUUUUGAUGGUCUGUCCAGCUACAAACAGGAGUAUAUACCCUAUUCUGUGGAGCCUUAUAAAUGCAUUCAAAGAGAGCCCCAUAAGCCAAGUGUUAUCCCGUUUGAUGGUCUCACCACACAAAGGAAAGACUACAAGGGAUUACGGGGGGAAGCAAGCAAAUCAGUCAGGUCUAAAGCUGCCAGAGGAACCCCGGCCCACAAAUUUAAUUGUUCGACUGAAUUUCGUGAUAAUUACAAAUCAUGGCCUAUACGACCAAUACCACUGCACAAGUAUGGUAAAUAUGUUCCCCCAGAAGUUGCAAUGAACAUGACUUCAACAGCUCACGCAGACUUCGUGGAGCACCAGAUUUCACCAGCUGUAGCAGUCUGCCCUCAAACUCAAGCCUGGAACUGUUCGCCUUUUGAGUCCAAGUCAACUAUGAAAGAUGACUAUAAGUUAUGGGAUGCCAAGGCGGCACCCUUGAUCAGAGGGGUACAGCAAAUAGAGAAACCUACUGGCCCAUUUGAAAACACAACCACUUUCCGUGCUGACUAUGUGUCACAUGCCCCCGCUCGCACUCUGAGCUGCAAACCCAUUCUCACUGUACAAUGCUGUCAGCCACUGGACAAUGAAACCACUUACUGCACAAGCUACAUUCCCAAGGAGAUCAAAGUAUGCCCUGCUGCUUUUGCCAACCCACCGGGCUAUGUUUAUGAAGAAACGAAACCCCGUGGCCAUCGACUAUAUCGCAAACUCUCUGCCAGACAGAAUGGAAACACUGCUAAUGCAGCAAGGAAAGUAAACAGUGUAUUGGAUUACACUCGUAAUUAACAAACAAUCAAUGGCUUGGGCUCAACAUGGAACCAGGAGCUACUUAACACAGCUUAAAUGCUUCAACUUUGUAUGCAGAGAUCAGUCCUUUCAAGACACAGUUUUUUUUUUUAAUGCAAUGAAAAGUUUUAGUUUAAUAUCUCUGACAAACACAUUUUCUCAAUUUUAUUGAUUUAUUCACCAGCUGUUUCUAAUAAAAUUGAUGAAAUAUUGUGUAAAUUAAAAGAUACAUAUUCAAAAGAAUUUGAUUACAUUAUUUGGUAGUCUUACAUCUAACUUGGUAUACAUUUGGCUAUGAAAUAAGAGGGGGUACUCAA